GGCGGAGAGGCAGAGGGGCCGGGGUGACAGAUUCGCGCCCUGGGGGUGAACGUUGGUUGGCGAGCUGAGGCGUCCCCGAGUCACUGAGUCGUCGAUUCAUUCAGCGCCUGCUGACCGAGUGCCCGCUCAGAGCACAUAACUGAGACCACAGCUCACGACUUCAGACUCCGGCGCGUCUGAACCAGAGCUCCCUUAGUCUGCAGAAGACCCGGUCUGAGGCCUCAGAAGGAGGUCUCCAUCCUUCAUCCCCGGCAGAACAGCAUGGCCAUGUCCCAGGAGUCAUUGACCUUCAGGGAUGUGUUUGUGGACGUCACCCUGGAGGAGGGGGAGGAGCUGGACUGCACUCAGAAUAACGCGUACAGGGAUGUCAUGCUGGAGAACUACAACCACCUGGUUUCCAUGGGGUACCGAGUUGCCAAAGCAGAUGUGUUCUUCAGGUCACGAGGAGGAGGAGAGGCCGGGAUGCAGAAGGAGAGACCCCGGCAUGGAACAGCCCAGCUGAGGCCAGGACGAGGGCAGCUGAAUUCUGGCAUGUUGAUGACCAGAUAGAUAACCACAAGGAAAGCCAAGAUGAACUUCUGUGGAAAACUGCAUUCAUAGAUAAGGAAUCACUGAAGGAUGAAGGUGACCAGGAAUUCAGAGCAUGCAGAAAAGUCAUUUAUCCAAGCAUAGACCUUGUUUCUAUAUGACAAAGACUCUUUAAAUAUUAUUCAUGAAGAAAGUGUUCAAAACUUAAUUUAAACUUUCUUAGUCAAAAUAGAAGCUGUGUAAGAAAGAAAGAUGAUGAAUGUAGGAUAUAUUGGAAAUUAUGCUUCUGUUCUAAUCUUGGUAAAGCUCAACCUGGAGAGAAAUUACUUGAGCCUAAUCAACAUAAAAAAGCCCUCCACCAUAAGCAAACCCUUAAUGAGAGUCAGAGAAUUCAGACUGGGGAGAAGCUCUAUGAAUGUUGUGAGUGUGGAAAAGUGUUCAUCCAGAAAGCAAACCUUGUUGUACAUCAAAGAACUCAUACAGGAGAGAAACCUUAUGAAUGCUGUGAAUGUGCCAAAAGCUUCCGCCAGAAGUCAACCCUUAUUGCACACCAGAGAACCCAUACAGGGGAGAAGUCCUAGGAGUGCAGCAAAUGUGGGAAAACCUUUAUCCAGAAGUCAAUCAACUCUCAUUAAACAUCAGCGAACUCAUACAGCAGAGAAACCAUUUGUACCUGGUGAAUGUGCAAAAGCCUUUAAGAGUUCAUACCACUUUAUUAGAUGUGAAGAAAUACACAUUAGACAAGCAUUUUAUGAAGGCAUCAAAUGUGGUAAGUCCAUCCUUACACAUCAAAGGACUUAUGCAGGUGAGAAAACUGAGUGCAAUAAACAUGGGAAAGCUUUUGAUGAGAAGCCCACCCCCAUUAAACAUCAGACAACUCAUACAAAAGAGAAACCUUAUGAGUGCAAUAAAUGUGGUAAAAGCUUCAGGGGAAAGUCACACCUCUUUGUUCAUCAGAGAGGUCACACAGGAGAGAAACCCUAUGAAGGCAGCAUAUGCGGUAAGACUUUCAGUGGAAAAUAACAUCUCUCUGUCCAUCAUAGAUCUCAUACAGGAGAGAAACCUUAUGGAUGCAGAAGAUGUGGUAAAGCCUUUGGAGAGAAGUCAACCCUUGUUGUCCGUCAGAGAACUCACACAGGAGAGAAACCCUAUAAAUGCCAUGAAUGUGGGAAACCCUUCAGUGAGAAGUCACCGCUGAUUAAACAUCAGAGGAUUCAUAUGAGAGAGAGACCCUAUGAAUGCAAUGACUGCAGAAAAGCUGUCAGUAGAAAGUCAACUCUCAAACCAACAAAUAGAGCUGCAUUUGAUUUUUGCCAGAACUGACAAGUGGUGACUGCCAAGAGAGAGGACCCCAUGGAUUUUUAAAAGCAAGGAGGGCCCAGAGUAUAUACCCAACAUGUGUUUGUAAAUCUGGUUAAUAGAAGUUGAAUUUUCUGAAUAAAACUAUCAGCAAAUGAGCUGACAUAUAACAUGUCAUUUCUUCCUUUCUGAAGAAAUGAUUACAACAACAAUUCAAGAUUUAUUUCCCGAAGUGAAAUAAAUUAGGAUUUACUUCACUGAAGAAAGUGAGGAUUUCCAUAACGCUGGGCUGUUGCUUGGUUUUGUUUCUCCUUGGUCUGUUGUGUGUCAGGUAGUAUUUUUUCAUCAGUAAAACGUUAGUCUGAACGUAUUUUAUGAUCUAAAUGGGGAAACCAAGGUUUUAAGAGGCUGCUUAGUGACAAGUGCAAACCUAACUUGGAUCAAGGUUUUCUGAGUUUCAGCCCAGGUUUUUUCCCAUUGUAACACAAUUUCAAUAGGAAGUAUAUUUUGCAGAGCAGGAGGAAGCCCAAUAAUGGACAAUUUUCCCAAAUACAAUGAAGUUAUAGACUUCAAAAAUACACUAUUUCUUGGCAGCUACUACAGAGCCCAUAGACAAUGCACAUCAUUUUGAUAAUCAGCUAUUCUGAAUGCUUUUUGUUUUUUUACAGUGACUCAGUAUAGAAGGAAAGGUGAAUUCUUUUGGAGGUAUUUCAAGCCACAUUUGUGUUUAUGUUAGAAAACAUUCCUUUGAAGACAAGGAGGAUAUAUUAAAGUCAAAUUAAUAGAUUCAAUUAGGAUACCUCAUCAAUCAUAAAAAUAAUUAAAGGUAUACUUAGAAGUAACUGACAUUUCUUUGGUAGGCUGGAAUUUACUGGGUUCAUCUGAUUGACCACUUCUGUGCUGGAUGGGGCAUUUUGAUUACAGCUAUACUGGAACUUAUAGGAAUCAUCUGGAUUUAUGGAGGAAACAUAUUUGUUGAAGAUACAGAAAUGAUUGUAGCAAAAAGAUGGAUUUUCUGGCUAUGGUGGAGAACUUUCUGGUUUGUCCUUAUGCCUCUCCUUUUGAUUGUAGAUAUUAAUAUGCCAUGAGUUUGCUGUCAAUAAUAUGUAUGCAUCUAAACAUUUCUAAGAGAAACUUGAAGAAUAAUUCCCAUUGCAAAUAAUUCACAUAAGGUAAACUAAUGUCACAAAUUAAUGAUUUUCACCUUUUGCUUUAUGCCUGACACCUCCAACUUGCCUAAAUUAAAAUACCUUUGCAGUGUUAUUUUUAAGGGAACAGGUACCAUUUGAGAAAAUAAACAGCCUCCUAUAGGCUUAAAUGUCCUAUAUACUUAAAAAUUAUCAAUAGAAUAAAUAAAAAUAGAUCAUUUGAUAGGGAAAACUUUACAAGGACAGCAACCUAGUCCAGGUGGCUCCCUUCUGCUUCUCAGCAAAAGCAACAGAACAUUCCCUUAAUUCCCGCUCUGCCAGGCACUCAAUCCCUAAGCUCACUCCCUAAAUUUACUCCCCCUUGCUUGCUUGCUGUGCACAUAGAAAUGUUGCAGAUAAGGAGGCAGAAAGAUACAUAUUACUCCCCUUGACUUUGUUCCGGACUUAGACCUUGAGAGAUGACUCCUCUGAGCCUGCCGGUGUAAAAUGAAAACCUCAACACUCCCAAGAUGUCCGAGUGCUGCUUGGUUCUUCUUUCAGUGAUCCAGUCCAGGCUUUUUUUUAGGUUUUUCUGAAACAGUCAAAGGGUACGAAGUUGCACCAGAAGCUAACUGCAAAAUAUACUAAUCACUAUGUUGUACACGUGAAACUAAUAUAAUACUGUAUGUCACCUACUUCAGUAAAACAAUGAAAAUAAAUAAAUAAAUAAAUAUACUAAUUUAUAGUAUAACAACUAUAGAAACAACAACUAUAAAAGCUAAGAAACAACACUCAGGUUUUACUGCACAUGUUUUAUGGAGGCAUUUAGUCUAUCUGAAAUUACUAAAAGAAAAUCACCUGGGGGAUCUCUCUUGCCCCUCCUGGGCUGAGCCAGGAGCUCUAUCCUCUUGCUUUUUCUCUAAAUAAAAGCCUCUGCCUUUCUCUCUUACUUUGAGUGUUUGCGAAGUUCAUCCUUCGACUCCGUGAACAAGAACCCCGGCAUCAUUUUUGGGGGCUCGUCUGGGAUAACUUCAGAGGCAAUUUUGAUCUGGUCACUAGUGAAAUUUCAUAGACCCGAUUACGCUGAAAGUCCAUACCCUGACUGGAGGGUUGCUCUCGGCUGUGUAUGAUUAUUUUCUACUUUAUCUGGAUUCCAAUUAUGGCUAUCGUAAAAAUAAUUCAAGCUAAAGGGAACAUCUUUCAAGUAAGCACAUUAAAUUCAUUUUAUUUAUGCUUUAUAUUAAGUACUUAUAUUCAAAGUGAAAAUUAAUUUCCCCAUAGGGUGGUAAUAUGAGAUUAUGAACAUAAGAUCAAAUUGAUCACUCCUUCCUCCAGGCUUCUUCUAUACCUACCUGAGACUAUCAUCCAUUACUAGGUGCAUAACACUGUAUUAUAUAUACUGUGGAUAUGUUUGUGCCUCUCUGCACUAGACCACAAGCUCCUUCAAGGAACAGUCUUGUCUUGCUUGCUAUAUCCUCAGGCCCUAUUAAAGUGCUUACUGAGCACAUAAAAGUUAUGACGUUUACACCUAUACUGAGCUGUUCCUGAA